UUUGAAUACCCCGGGAAUCACGUCCAACUAAAUUAUGGACCGUUGGUCUGGUAAAGUAGCCGUCGUCACCGGCGCUUCAGCUGGUAUAGGUUUGGAUAUUGCCAAAGCGUUAGUUCGCCGGGGCAUGAUAGUUGCCGGAUUGGCCAGACGGAAGGCCAAAAUGGAGGAAGCUAUGAAAGACGCGAGUGGACCGGGAAAAUUUUAUGCAGUCGAGUGUGACGUAACGAAGGAAGAACAAGUUCGCGACGCCUUCGAUUUUGUAGGGAAGAAUUUGGGAUGCGUGCGAGUUUUGAUUAACAACGCUGGCGAAUUAAACAAGGGAGAAAUGACAACGAUGGACAGCAAUCAGCUUGCAAAUGUCGUCAACCUCAACAUUAUGGGCCAGCUACAUUGUACACGUCAAGCUGUCAAGAUGAUGCGAGAAAAUGAACACCCAGACGGCCACAUUAUCAACAUGGGCAGCCAAGUAGGUCACAAAGUGCCAUACGUGGAAGACUUCAGUCUAAACAUCUAUCCGGCGACGAAGUUCGCAUUGCGCGCCCUCUCGGAGACACUGCAAAACGAGUUGCGCGGCACGCAGAUUCGCGUGACGCACGUGAGCCCGGGUGUUGUGAGGUCGGAUUUUUUCGAAACAGCCGGUGCCGAUCCGUCAUUUUUGCAAAUGGUCGCUGCUCUCGAGCCCGAGGAUGUUGCCGAUGCAGUCGUUUUUGUACUUGGAACCAAGCCGCACGUGCAGAUUGCCGAACUGACUAUUAGACAUCUUAAUGAUUAUUUUAGAUGAAUUUCAUUGGACUUCCCGAAUAAUCCUCGUGCUUGAUGGUGGGUAUGUUAACGAACUCCUGCAGAUAAUAAUUAAUUUGUAAUUUUCAUGGCAGAUUUAUCCCAGUUGAUUAUUAAA